AUGGCUAGCGCACGCCGCGCUGCCAGCUACCCUGGUACGCGCGUGGCGGUUGUGGAGCAGGCCCGACUAGGUGGCACCUGCGUCAACGUAGGCUGCGUACCCAAGAAGCUGAUGUUCAUCGCCGCUGACAUGAGUCACAAGCUGCGUCAUGACCUCUUGCACUAUGGCUUCGAGGACGAGGCGACGGGGGGCCAUUUGGGUAAGCGGACGCACUUUGACUGGCCGAAGCUCAAAGCUGGUCGUGACGCCUACGUUUUGCGUCUUAAUGGAAUUUAUGAACGCAGGAACUUGGCGAAUUCCAAGGUGGAGUUGAUCCGAGGACUAGCGACGUUUAACGAGAAGGGAAAUGUGGAAGUGGGCGGAAAGGAACUACUGGCCAAGAAUGUACUGAUUGCAGUUGGAGGCAAGCCGCUGAUUCCUGACCUUCCGGGCAAAGAACUGUGUAUCGAUUCGGACGGGUUCUUUGAGCUGGAAACUCUGCCCAAGAAGGUAGCUGUCGUGGGUGCUGGUUACAUUGCAGUAGAGCUGGCGGGCGUGCUCAACGCGCUAGGCUCAGAUACGUCUCUCUUUUGCCGCAAGGAAGGUGUACUUCGUGCUUUCGAUGAUAUUGUGCGCACAACGUUGGAGGACGCCAUGGCGAAGGAGGGCGUGCACCUGCGACCUCACAGCAAUGUAGCUCGGGUGGAACUCGGUGCCGAUGGCACAAAGACGUUGGUGCUCACUGACGGCUCGAAAUACAGUGGUUAUGAUGUUGUGAUCUACGCUGCUGGGCGGGUACCACUGACGUCAAAUCUUCAGCUCGAUAAGGCGGGCAUCACUACGGACGAGCACGGUUUUAUUCCAGUGAACGAACUCCAAGAAACCUCCAACAGCAAAGUGCUCGCAGUUGGCGAUGUGUGCGGUACUCCAGCACUGACUCCCGUUGCAAUUGCUGCUGGAAGGAGGCUCUCGGACCGUCUGUUUGGUGGUAUGAAUGAUGCCAAGGUCUCGUAUGAAAACAUCCCGACUGUCGUGUUCAGCCACCCUCCCAUCGGUACAAUUGGCCUGACCGAAGAACAAGCCCGUCGCAAAUAUGGCGACGACGCCAUCAAGGUGUACACGAGCCGCUUUGUAAAUAUGUAUUACGGGCUGAUCAACGAGGUGGACGAAUCAACUGGAGAGCCGAAGGACAAGCCCAAGACGGCCAUGAAGCUCGUGUGCGCUGGCAAAGAGGAGAAAGUUGUGGGUCUGCACAUGAUCGGCAUGGCUGCCGACGAGAUCCUGCAGGGCUUUGGCGUGGCCGUAAAGAUGGGUGCUACCAAGGCCGAUUUUGACAAUUGCAUCGCGAUCCACCCGACUGCAGGCGAGGAGCUCGUGACACUGGCGCCCUGGGGGCUCAGCGGACGCAGUUGA